AUGUUGAUGCAGGGAAACGUUGGAAUGGACGUUCCAGGACAUUGCACAGUUGUCAACUGUGAAUGGGUCAUUCCACAAACGAAAUUUGCAACUGUGUUCAAUUUCACCAGCGAUUACGAUCGAUUCAAAGUGACCACAGGAAACGAUAUUAAAGGAUACGACGCAAAGAAGGGAAUCUCAUCGAAAACCCAAUGGCGAAGACCCGGAAAUUCUCCAGCAACUAAGAUUUGGUACAGACGCGUAGUUCCUGUUGAGGUUGUAUCCGAGCUGCAGCCAGUUUCGUUUUCUGUGACAUGGAUGCCCAAGGACGCUUGUUCAUGCGAAAAUAUAUUGGAACGUAAUGCCAUCGCCGGUAGGUGGAAGGAGUUGACGUCACCAGAUUAUCCGCUGCCCUACUGUAACAACAUGCACUGCACCACGAUGGUCACAGCUCCAGCUAGGCAUCAACGUAGGUUGAACAUCACCGACUUCUACACGGAAUCGCACAGCGAUUUCUUGGCACUAUAUGAUGGUCGUGACAUUAGUGAAGAACCCAUGGCAGUGUUUUCUGGGAGAAAGGUGUUUCCUGAGUUGAUUCGAAGCACCAAUGAAGCGCUUUCGCUGGUUUUCAAAACGGACCACGCCGUCUCCUACAGGGGUUAUCGCCUCCUUUAUUCUGCU